CAUCGUAAUGUAGUAGAAAUGCCGUGCCGUUGAUUGACUGCGGGCGCUGCUGGCCUAUGAGAAUGGAUAUGGUGUCCCCCACGUCGUGUCGAUCCUCCCUUAUUCUUUCUUACCGCAUCGUCUGUUUCUCGUCUUUCAAGAAAAUCUAAUUUCAUGUAUGAUAAGAAUGUCAUAUUCGCCUAUUACUGACGUAUUCCGAUCUUUAGCUUCUCGGCCUAGAUCGUCGACGAAAGGACCCCUCGAUGCAAAUGAUGCUCCGAUAACAUCCCCAGUCCCGUCCCAGGCGGCCCGCUUCGCCGGGAGCCAACAGGCUGGCCCACGGACGAGUCUAUCAAUGGCGCCUCGGUCAUCCACACCCCGGUCUCCGGCGCCGCCUAGCACAUCAUCUACAGCGAUGGCCAAGGACUUCUCUUUUCUCCUGCGACCGGAGAUCUACCACCAACUCUCGCCUCUCUCAGUACCAGCUCCCUUCCGCGUUCCCUCACGGCAACCCGCCCCCGAAACACCUAUCCCGGAGCUCCUCCGUGGUGGUCAUUUCCGCGCAGCCGCCAUCGCCGCCGUGCAAGCUCUCACCAUACCCAACAGCCCCAGCACUCCCCUAUCUUCCGACCCCGCCCGGAUCUUCGAACUCUUGUACACGCGUCUAGCCUGCCUGUGCUUGAUCGACGCCGCCUCGCUCGCCGCCCAGGAAUCCAAAGCGCUUGAGGAUCUGAACUCGGCCUUCUACAUGGACCCGCUAACCGGCGCACAUCUUGUGCCUUGGGAGCUGCGCGUCCUCGGUGUGCGGCUACAGGCUAUUGGCUUUGGGGACCCGCGACGCGCGGUUAUGAGUUACUACGAACUUGCGCGGGAAGCGCGUAUUCAUAUCGUGCAGGCUGUUAAAGCGCAUGAUCAUUCUGCGGCUGAGACUUGGAAGCGUAGGCUUGCGGAGCUCGGGGUUAAAGUUGCGGGCGCGUUGGUUGAAAUGGAUGAUCUAGCGGGUGCGGCGGAGCAUUUAUCUACGUUAGGGGAUGGAGAUCAGACUUUUAAGAUUGGUGCGGAUGGUAGGUUGGCGAUGAGUCGGGCGUUGUUGUGGUUGCACCUUGGUGAUGUAGAGGCGGCGAGAAGGUGUGUGAGGGAUGGGAAGGGUGGAGAGAUUGGGGAGAGGAUUGUGGAUGCGUUGGCUGAUAUGGCUGAUGGGGAGUAUGAAAGUGCGUUGGAGAAGUGGCAGGUGUUGAGGGAGGGUGGUGCGCAGGAUGAGAUGGUUGGUGUGAAUUUGGCGGUUUGCCUGCUUUAUACGGGAAAUAUGGCUAAGGCAAAGGAUGUCUUAGAAGGACUAGUCGACGCGGGCCAAACGUCGCACACGCUAUUGUUCAACCUGACUACGAUGUACGAACUUUGCACCGAUAGACAUAAGAACCUGAAGCUUCAGUUGGCGGAGCGUGUGGCUUCUAGGGAGCCUUCGCAACAGGGAUGGGAGAAAACAAAUGCGGAUUUUAAAUUGUAGAACAAACAUGCCUAAUUAAUCGGCAUUAUCCUAACACUCCUCCAAUUAGGCUCACUAUUUGUUCUUGGUAUACAAUCAAUUGUUGUUAC